GAAUUUAUCAAUACAAUAAAUUCGCGACGCAUGUUGAACCCUAACUCCGGACUCUAACAUCUAACCCAAAUCUAAUCUUAAUAUGACCCUAAUCUAACCCUAAACUUGACAACCUUUUCUUUUUGAAAACAAGGUUCCUUCCUGGUUUUCGACCAACACCAAACUUUGUUACCAGUGGUACCCUGAUGGUGAUGGUGGUCAGUGUGGUGCUGGCGAACCCAGACAUCUUUGCACACACGUCAACGCAGCCACCCAAUAUUACAGAGACGACACAGACAACAGAGGAGGGGGAUGUCGCAUGAGCUGGUCCAUCGAAUCACCUUACAGCCCACAGUGGUUCAAGAACGUGCAAAUAUGCUACCGAUGGUACGCGGAUGGUGACGGCGGUCAGUGUGGCGGUGGGGCGGCACGCUUGCUGUGUGCUUCGGUGGGUAAAUUACGCCGGUCUACCGGGACGACACCGAUAAUCGCGGCGGUGGGUGUAGAAUGUCUUGGCAGCUCAAACUACCACCUGUGCAUAGUUCGUGGGCGAGGAAUAUCCAGUUGUGCUACGAAUGGUAUCCAGAUGGUGAUGGUGGACAGUGUGGUGGUGGUGCUGCUCGCAAGCUUUGUGCUUUGGCCAACUUCUGGACUCCUUACUACAGAGAUGAUACCGACAACAGAGGAGGUGGAUGCCGCAUGAGAUGGGGUCUUUAUUACUAGUGAAAUAAAAUUGGACUGACUUGUAUUACUAGUAUUUGGUCUUUCUAAAAUUUUCAUGUUGCUGUAGUUCAGCUUGUGUAAUUCUGCUAUAAUUUUGCACAAUUUUUUAAAAUUUCAUCAUUUUAAAUGGAUUUAUGAAAUAAAUGAUAUUAAGAAUGAGUGCAUUGGUUGGUGUUGGUUUGGGGGGUCUGAACCCUAGCUUGAGGUAUAUAUGCUAAUGAGGUUUUACAUCCCCACCUUAUAAAACUCAGCAUUCUGAUUCCUCUCCUUUAGUCACUAGAAACAUUCCCCCCUCACCCUUCGGUUGGUUGGAUGUUACGGCUCUUCCCCCAUCCAGGUGGGUUGUACGUUGUGCUGCUGCAGCAAUCACGAGACGUCUUUACCGUUAGUACGCUCUGAUGUCGUCCUUCGCACGCCCGUCGAUUACACGUUUCGUUCGAGCCGUCCCGUUUUUACUUCGGUUGGACAUCGUGUCGCCCCUGUCGGUUUCAUCGCAAUUGAUGUGCUGUCGUCGUUCGUGGCCAUUACUUAUUCGUUCCUCUGGUCUCCCCCUCUUCCCCUUCUCGUUGCGAGCCGUUGGUUUCCUUCAGUGUCAGUCCUCCAACGUUGCAGUUUCCCAUGCCCCCCUCGCGUAUAUUAAUUUAUCAUUAUAGCUUGCAUGUUUAUCUCGUUUCGGAGCAGAUUCGUCUCAUCGCCACUUCUCCAGAAGUGUCAACUGAUGUAGUUCUAUAAUGCACAGGUAUAUUGUUCUCGGCACUCGAGAACAGCAAUAAUAUAUAUAGUAACUCGGUUAGGUAAUUCGUCAAUACCCA